AUGUCGGACUCUGGCGUGGACAUCGCCAUCGGCGAGGCGACGAGCGGCGACGAUUCGGGAUUGUCGGUGUCGAUCGACCUCGAGAGCAACGGGAGCCCCUCCAGGGGUGCGGCGCCCCAGGUGGCCGUGUGUGGGGAAGAACGAGGAGUACGACCCACUGGCGGCUGCGAGCCGAUUUCGGGGGCGAUUAUGGACGCGCAUGGCGCUUUGCGAUCGAGAAUGGAGGGCGAUCAGCUUGAGGAAGCUUUGGGAGCAUGGGAUGGGCUUUUGAUGGGGCACACUGAAUUGGGGUGGAGCUCUUGCUGUGCGUGCAGUGGGGCGUUUGCAUUCCCUUUCCCUGCCUUUGGAGUGUUCUGA